GCAGGUUGCACAUUAAUUAUUAGUCGGCGGGGUAAUUACGGGUCAAGCUUCGUGCAACACCCACAAAAUGCAAAAAUUGUUCCUUCUCCUACCGCGACGAUCAACGCGGACUAUAAAAGGGAGUGUACGAUCAUAUUGCGAAUCCACGUGCGCUAUUUCUUCGUGGUUUGAACCAUCGAGAAGUUAGCGAAGUUGGUUCGAAACAUCAACGAGGAAGAGGAAGAAGAAUAAAUUUGGAACAAGUCAAACAGGAUGAAGGGGGUCGGCGUUUGCCUGCUGGUCUCGUUGAUGCUUGUCUUGUUGGCGAUCAAAGAUACAGAGAGCAAAAAGAUGAACCUCGAUGAACUGAAGAAGUCCAUCAAGAACUUGAGGAAGCCUUGCAGCAAGAAGAACGACACCCCUAAAGAGCUUCUAGACGGCCAACAUAAAGGUGAAUUCCCAAAAGACGAGAGGUUGAUGUGCUAUAUGAAAUGCGUCCUGACACAAACCAAAGCUAUGAAGGGCGACGAAAUCAUGUGGGAUUUCUUCGUGAAGAACGCUCGUGUUAUGAUCCUCGACGAAUAUUUUCCACGCAUUACACAUUUAGUUGAAACGUGUAAAAACACAGUGACGGCUACGGACGGGUGCGAAGCUGCAUGGCAAUUUAGCGCAUGCACCUAUGCAACAGAUUCUGAGCUUUAUAUAAUACCGUGAACAACUCGUUAACGGCGGACUCACAAGAUCAUCGAAGAACCAAGAGAAAUUUCCAAUCGCAAACACCUCGACAUCGUCAUCUCCGUCAUCGUCGUCGUAGUAGUCGAAAAGUAGCAGUGUGUAGACAUA